CUCAAUCUUCCCACCACCCUCACACCCCCGCCCGCCCUCCCUCCUCCCGGCGAGGUCGGUCCCCUCUGCCUCCGCUCCGACUCCGCGCGACUGCGCCCGACCCGACCCCAGUCUCGCCCGCGUCCACCGGCAUGGCCUCGCCCACGGUCGCAGCCUCCCCGAGCCGGGCGGGCCCCACCGACAUCCUCACCGCCGCGCCCUCGCCCGCCUCCCCGCCGCGGCGGCUCGCGUCGGCGCCGCCCGCCGUCGACGCGUCCGGGUCCUCCUCCCCGGACUCCGCCCACUCCGGGGACCAGCUCUCCGCCCCUGACGCCUCCUCGAGCCCGCUGCUCGCGAGCAGGAGCGAGGAGUACAGGCUUCUGUUCCGGCUGCCGCCCGACGAGGUUCUCGUGCAAGAUUUUAACUGCGCUCUCCAAGAAAAUAUUCUUCUUCAGGUAGGGCAUAUGUAUUUAUUUCUUCACCAUAUAUGCUUCUACUCUAAUAUAUUUGGAUAUGAGACAAAGAAAAUAAUACCUUUGCAAGAGGUAACUGAUGUUCGUAAAGCAAAGACAGCUGCCAUUUUUCCUAAUGCCAUUGAAAUUGUUGCUGGUACUAGAAGGUUUCAGCACUUCUUUGGAUCUUUCUUGUCACGUGAUGAAGCCUUUCGAAUUAUAGUAGAUGGCUGGGAACAACAUGUUAGUGAUGCAAGAUUGCUCCUUGAACGUCAGGAGACAAAGUCAGCUAGUAGCAGUGAAGAAAAUGGCUAUGUUUUAUUGGAAGGAGCAAAGGAAUCUAAACAAGAUGAAGAUUCAUCGCCACCGGACAGGUCUGUCGAUAGUACAGCUGUCUCAAGUAGUGCUGAUGGUGGUGAUUCGAACAUCAACAUUUCCAAAAGGUUUUCAAAAGUCGAGGAGAAUGGGCUCGAAGACAACAUCAUUGCAGUAAACCCAUUCAAUUUGGAACCACUUGAUGAUGCUCCUAGUGUACCUGAGUCUUACACUAUGAUUACGGAGUCAAAGUUUCAGGUGCCUGUGGAGGUUCUCUUUAAUUUCUUAUUGUCUGAUGGUGCUUUUGGCUUUGUGGAUGAUUUCCACAAAAAAUGUGGUGACAAAGAAUUCAGUUGCUCGAAAUGGCGUAUAGAUGAGCAAGGGGGACUUGUAAGGGAUGUCUCAUUUUUGCAUCCGAUAAAAAUUUAUCUUGGUGCAAAAUUUGGGACUUGUCAAGAGGUUCAGAAACUUCGUCUUUACAAAAACAGGCGUCUAAUGAUUCAAACCUCUCAGUCAAUAGGUGAUGCCCCAUAUGGGGACCAUUUCACUGUAGAGGGCAUCUGGGAUGUCGAACAAGAUAGCCUAGAUGAGAACUGUUGUGACCUCAGGAUAUAUAUUAAUGUAGCUUUCUCAAAGAAAACAAUAUUUAGAGGGAAAAUAGAGCAGUCAACAAAAGAUGAAUGCCGUGAAGUUUUCAGUCUCUGGAUUAAGCUCGGUCAUGAUCUUCUGAAGCAGGAGUAUGACCGACCAAAAGGAAGCUCCAGCACAACUGAUUCUGCUGUUCAAUCAGGGGCUACAACAAACGAGGAAAAUGCCGUGGAAGUAGCAGUUCCAGUGGUUAGUUCCUCGCAGGAUGAUUCUGGUGUGGCUGUGAGGAGCCUCAUUCCUCCUAUUCAAGUUCACCAGCAGAGAACACAAAGAGAUGCUUCCAUCGCGUCCACUUCACAAGAAUUGUGGGGCUCAUUAACGUCAUACAUGAGAUCAAGCCAACUUGGUCCAGUACUAGCAGUGGCACUGGUGGCUCUCAUUAUCCUAAUGCAGGUAACCAUCAUAAUUCUACUAACAAGAUCCCCCCAGGUCCAAAUGGCUCCUCAUGAGGUCUCGACGGGCAGUUUAGGUUAUAGCAAAGAUAGCAUGGAGUGGGUGCAGAAGCGCCUCAGCUUACUAAGCGAGGAGAUGCAGCUAGCGGAGGCGCACAUGGAGAAGAUGAGGCACGAGUUUGCCUGGCUCAGGUCUUACCUGGAGAGACUGGAGAAGCUGAGGGGCAGCACAUGACGCAGCGUGCGUACAUGACAGGGACACAAGUUCUUGCUGCGAAUUCAUAGGUGUAUACAAAACAACUUGGAGAUGUUGUUCAGGUUUCUUCUGUUGUUACAGAUCAUACAGAUGCAAACGGAGAGGUGGAGUGUUGUUGCAGAGCAGAGGUAUUGCCGUAAGGCAAAACUGCAAGAUCCCGGUAUAUAGCAUCCGAUGUAAAUAGUUGGACCUUAUCCGUUGCGUUGAGGUGAUGUACAAGUACAAUGUGAGGGACGUUUCAUUGCAGUCACGCUAAGGUGGUGUGAUAUUCGAAACUUCUCACUUACUCCAUCUGUCCCAAAAAAAAAAGUUGUAAAUCUCAUUUCAGGAGAAGUUAAGUCAAAGAAUCUUAAACUUAACUAAGUUUAUAGAAGAUAUUAUUACA